UUCAAAAAUCCUACCAGUCUCAACCAUCCCCAGGGUUUAUCAAAUCUGACCCAAACACCACCGCUAUUUCUCCUCCUCACCGCCAUCUCUCUCUCUCUCUCUCUCGCACACAUGUGCAUCUAUUAGAAAUAAUAGAAUGAAGAGAGUGUUGAAGCUAUCACUAUCAGCCCAGACAGACCUCAUAACCCUCAGAACCUUCAUUACAAAACCCAAAAUCAUUCUACCUCAAACCCCUUUCUUAAUCACAAACAAUCCAAUUACAACCUCAACUACUAGAUUCUCUCUUAAAGAUUCUUUCUACUCUCAGCCCAGUUUGAAUUCCAUUCCUUUUCCAAACAUCAUUGGAUUGUUUUCUGAUAGGUUGUCUCAUAAUGAAAUUCAGGCCAAGGAAGAUCUCAUUCAUAAGGCCUCCGUGUUGCGAAAUGAGUUGAUUCGGGUUGAGGAUAGUAGGGAAGAUUUGAUUUUUAGGUUGUUGGAUGAAAAGGGUACUUCUUGGUUUAAGUGUUUUGAUGAUGGGGCUGCAUUUGUUGAGCUUUUGAGGCAGCUUGAGUCUUACCCUCGUUGCGCGCUUCAAGUUUUAAAUUGGAGAAUAAAACAGUCAGAUAAUGGAUUUCCUAUGACAUCAGAAGAGUAUGCUAAAGUCAUAAAACUUGCUGGUAGAUCGAAAAAUAUCGAUCUUGCAACUGAACUUUUUACUGAGGCGGCAAACAGAAGGAUCAAAACAGCUGCUACAUACAAUGCACUCCUUGGUGCUUAUAUGUAUAAUGAUUGCAUUGCUGAAUGUCAGUUGCUGUAUGGGGAUUUUAAGAGGGACAUCUCGUGUAAGCCGACAGUUGUAACAUACAAUAUUCUUCUCUCUGUCUUUGCGCGGGUGAUGCAUAUAGACCAUAUGGAGGCUGCUUUGCAGGAAAUGAAGAAUUCAAACAUCAUGCCUAAUCUGAAUACAUAUAAUAUGCUUCUUAGAGGGUAUGUCACAUCUUGGAUGUGGAAUAGCAUGGAGGAGACAUAUAAAGUGAUGGUAGCAAAUGGAAUGCAGCCUGAUAUUGACACUCAUUUGCUGUUGCUUCGGGGAUACGCUCAUUCUGGUAAUUUAAAAAAAAUGGAAGAGAUUUAUGAGCUGGUCAAUUGCCAUGUUAUUGAACACAAGGAAUUUUCACUAAUAAGGGCUAUGAUCUGUGCAUACUGUAAGAGCACUAGCAGGAAUAGAGUUCAAAAGGUUGAAGAAUUACUUAAGAUAUUACCGAAGAAUGAAUAUAUAUCUUGGUUAAAUGUGAUGUUGAUUAAGUUGUAUGCUCAGGAAGAUAUUAUGGAUGUGAUGGAAAGUUACAUAGAUGAGGCAUUUGCGCAUAAAACUGCCGUCGCAACAGUGGGCGUAAUGCGUUGUAUAAUCACUUGCUAUUUCAGAGCUAAUGCAGCAGAAAAGCUUGCAAAAUUUGUAAAGCGUGCAGAGUAUGCUGAAUGGAGAAUCUGUCGUUCCUUGUAUCACUGUAAAAUGGUCAUGUAUUCAUCACAAAACCGUCUUGCAGAAAUGGAGGGUGUUCUCAGUGAGAUGGAAAACUUCAAUCUACAAACCACAAGGAAAACUUUUAUUAUAAUGUGUAAAGCCUAUAUGGCAUGGGGACAAAAGCGUAAGCUGGAUCAGAUUUUAGGAGUUAUGUGCACGCAAGGAUUUGGAACCCCAGGCUCUACAUUGAACUCGUAGUGCUUUGUUUCAUAUAUGUUAAAACACUAACAGUCAAUGAGAACGCAGCAAAAGAUUGCUAAUGGUUCAUUGCAUCUAUAAGGCCAGUUUCAUCUUAUACAUAGAAUUUUUAUUAUGGUGAAACAUGUCAAAUAUGAUAAUGGCAAAGUAAAAACUACUGUGGUUGUCUGGUGGUUGUGGUGCACAUCAGCCAUUCUGCAUUGUUUUGAUAAAGGCCUCCGUGGACCACAACUUUUUUUGCAGAUCAUGAUUAUCAUUGCAGGAGAGGGAUUCUUAUGUUAUAUGCCCGGAGAUUGUCAACACAUUGCUUUACGCGGAUGAGGAACUGUGGACAUGCAUAGUCGGAUACAGGCAAGUGCCCAGUGCAUGGCACACAUUUGAACUGUUUGGUAUUAUCAUACAAAGUGCUCUUCUGAGGUGUAGUUUGAUUUUUUUUAGAAGUCCCUUUUAUAUUAUAUUUGUGUUAGAUCCCAUUAGAAUUCAGUUUCAGCCACGAGAAAGUACUUGAUUAAUUUUGCUAAUCUAUAAUAGAUGAGUUGAGUGCAUUGGGCAGUUGGUUUCAAUGUGUACAAGUCCAAGGAAAUAUCCUGUUGGCACUCUUAACCGCUUAUAGUUCACUGACCACAACAUUAGAUUGUUUUGUUAAGCAACUUUGUAUUUUAUUUUUAUGAUUUUAACAAUUUUGCACGUUA